AUUGUUUAUCCCUUGCCUUGAAAAGUAGCUGUUGCUGCUGACUCACUAUGUCUCUGUUAAUGAAUAACAAGAUGAUAAUAGGUAUAGGAAGUCAUCAGGAUAUUGCCUCUUUCAUACUGCUUUAUAAUUGUUGCUGAGUUUUCAGUGAUGUUACAAGAACAACCAAGAACAAAUUGGUGGAAAGUCAAUUAACAUACAGUUAAUUCCACAGUAGUCUCUCAUUGAUGUUACAAUUUUAAUCAAGAACAGAUUUUGGUUUAGUUGCAUAGGAAGUUGCUUAGAAUGCAAAUUAACGAGAAAACAAAAUAACCUCUGCAGGUAAUUAAGCCUGAAAAGAUUUAAGUGUGUGAAGUUUAACUGAUCUCCUUGGGAACGCUGAUAUGGUUGAUUCAAUCUUAAAUCUUCCAUUGCCAUCACUUGCAGCUCAGUUUCCCUAUUAUGAUUCAGAGUGUUUUUUUGUUUUUUUACAAGUAUUUGUCAAAUUGAAAAAAAAAAAAGACAAGAGAAAGAUCUACAGCUAGUUAAUCUUAUUACAGAGGAGUAGAGUAUAGAAGAAGAUACUUGGAACAAUUAGUACAAGCUAAGCUAACAAACUACCUGACUUGGCAAAAUGAAUAAUUCUAGUUAUUACACGAAUUGCUUCUGAACUUCUUGCUAAUGUCAGCUUGCAUAUAUGACUUCAUAUUAGGACCUUUUACACUGUUUCUGAAAUGUGCAAGUGCAAGAAUCAUCUAUUUCUAAGUAUUGUUGCCAUCAAGAAGUCUAAUAUAGUGGAGGAAGAAAACCAAGUGGGGGAAUUCAUCAAUGAAAUGGUAAUUUUAUCACGAAUUAACCAUAGGAAUAUAGUGAAGUUGUUGGGAUGUUGUUUGGAGACAGAAGUCCCAUUACUAGUUUAUGAGUUUAUCCCCAAUGGAACACUUUUCCAUCAUAUUCAUAAUCCAUGUGAAGAGUUUCCAAUCACUUGGAAAAUGCGAUUACAAAUUGCUUCUGAUUCAGCUGGAGCUCUCGCUUAUCUACACUCUUCGUCUUCUAUUCCCAUUUUUCAUAGGGACAUCAAACCUUCCAACAUACUUCUUGAUGAAAAGUACAGAGCAAAGUUGUCAGAUUUUGGGACUUCAAGAUUUGUGGCUACUAAUAGAACUCAUAUAACUACACGUGUUAUGGGAACUUUUGGUUAUUUGGAUCCCGAGUACUUUCGAUCCAGUCAUUUUACUGAAAAGAGUGACGUUUAUAGUUUUGGUGUGGUCUUAGUUGAGCUAUUAACGGGACAAAAGGCAGUACGUGCUACGCUGGAAGACUUGGAGCAGGAUAGAAGUUUGACAUCAUGGUUCCUUUCUCAUAUGGAAAACUCUACUCUGCUUGAUAUAAUUGAUGUUCAAGUCCUGCAAGACGCUUUGAAGGAAGAGUUUCUCAAAGUUGCUAAUCUUGCAAUGCGUUGUUUAGAUUUGGAUGGAAAGAGAAGACCUGCGAUGAAAGAAGUACUACUAGAAAUAGAAUCAGUCUUAUCACUUCAUUUACCACAAAUGAAUGAACCAAAUAGACAACAAUCUGAACGAGUGUUUGCUGGAGCAAUGAAAAGUUCACGCUACGAUUAUGUUUCGGGUUCUUGCACAUUUUCUUUGGAAAGUAUGUCUCUAAAUUCUGCUGAAGAGUCUCUACUAUUUAAUACUAGAUGAUGCAGAUAUCUUCAAUUUUGUACUCCAUUCAUAGCGUGUAUAGAUUGAGCUGAUCUUAAAUUUAUUUGCUUGCCUUUCUUUUCCCCUUCCCAGAGGGCCUAAUUCUUUUGUCAAUCACAUUAAUCCCUGAUGAAAUUCGAGUUGGCCCUGCCUACUAUGGCACUAUGUAUAGUCCUAUACCUAGUCAAUUAUAUCAAGGUCUCCUUAGCCUACCCCAACUUGUGUCCUAGUUAUAUCAUACAAUAAUUCAACACAGUUUUGUAGAUUAGUGUUUUCUUCCGAGAAAAUUCGGGGUUUUCUUCCGAGAAAAAAAAAAAAAAAAAAUCUCCACUAAUGGUAUGCUUGGAUUGAGGAAAAUGUAUUACUUGGUUAAUAAAAGUCAAACCCAGCAAAAUGAAAGUGAAUAUAGGGACGGAGAAAAUAGUGAUGGUGUGAUUGUAAGGAAAAUUAUGUGGUCAUUGUGUGGUAUGACGUGAAGAAAGAGGACCUAAUAGUUCCACUAUGGGAAGGGUGGAGAUUUUUGAAGUGGGAAAAAAACCUUUUUUUUUUUUUUUUUUUUUUUUUUUUUUUUUUUUUUUUUUUUUUUUUGCUGAAGUUGCAGCACCAUAAGAAUGAGAUAAAAUUCUCUGAGUGGUGCUGAAUGGCACAGUAAACAAGAGAGUGUUCCGUUCUGGGUGCAUGACUGUGUGCUGCACCUGAAGAUGUUUUUACUAGAUCAUGCUCUGGCAUUGGCUGUUGCCUGCCUGCCUGGUUUCCAUCCAAAUGGAGUAAACAAUACCGAUUUAACAUUUAGUUGUCCGAGUGACCAGUAGGUCGGUUGGUGCAAGACUUCAACCCGUGCAGUGUCGCCUUUGUGUUGGCUAAGGAUCAUGCUGCAGGUAAUGCACCACCGUAUUCUAUCAGACAGAUCUUAACCAAAGAUGAUAGUGAUCCCUAUUACCAGAACUUUAAUUUUAACCAAGAUUGGUCACUUGGUUAGGUUCUUAGUCUUUAGCCAAGAUGAUACCUAUCACUGCUGGAAUGUACAUGUGCUGGGGAAAUGGCAAUAAUUAUGGGAAGCAAUACCAGGAUGGAUACCGCUGCAAUGCAACCCAGGGUUUCAGGGAGACCCUUACCUUCAUGACUGCCAAGCGACAGUACAGAUCCUCCUACAACAUAUUUAGGUGAUGCAGAGGUAGACAAGAUAACUUUAGAUGGUGAAAUUUGGGUACGUCACCCC